AUGUUGGAGAAGGCAACAGCUGAUUCAUCAGAAUCCAGUACAGAACAAGAGACUGAUCAUUGUAGUGAGCACGAAUUGCAUUCUGAGACGGAGCAAGAAGGUAACGAUUCAGUUGAUGUUUCAUCCAACUCCAGGCAGGAAGAAGCUGCAGUAAAAGAAUCAGAGUAUGAAUGCUGGAAUAUCUUAGUGACUCCAGACAUGCUUCAAGAAAUGUUGAUUCAAAGACAACGCGAUUAUGCAAAUGGUGCAGAUAAUGCGCGCGCAACUGGAUUUAGUCUGUGGUAUUGA